AUGGCUUUCAGAAGCUUUCGAAUUCAACCUAAAAGGGUAAACGAAGACCCAUCUCAAACGUAUGAGCUUUCUUCUGAACAGAUACAGUUCUACGAGGAAAAUGGUUACCUCGUGAUCAAAAAACUGAUCGAUCUACCAGCUUUGGAGAGCUACAGACAACGCUUCAGAGACGUGUGCGACGGGAAAGUAUCAAGAAAUCUUCUAACAGUAGUCAAGGACCUCUCUUUAUUCGACAAGAACUCUAAACCAGAAACUUAUAUCAACAAGAUACAAGAUAUUUUGUACGACGAGGUGUUCAGUACAUACUCAGAAAACCCCCGACUUCUGCAUGUCAUUUCACAAAUUAUUGGACAAGAUUUGUCUGUUAUCAACGGCAUGUUGAUUAAUAAACCUCCAGGAACUAACACACAUUACCCACACCAGGACCUUCUGUACUUUCCAUUCCGGCCUGCACAGCAAAUCCUGGCCUCCUGGACAGCUAUAGACCCCGUCACUGAAGAAAACGGAUGCCUGUUCAUGAUACCAGGGUCUCAUAAAUCCUGGGAGUUGUUAGAGCAUAACCACAUGGUUGAUGACGGGAAGCCAUUUUUCUUCUCCAUAGCCAAUUGCGAAACGAUGGCACCGGAUCAUAAGCGAGUGCGUUUAAUCUUGGAUCCUGGCGACACCGUCUUCAUAAGUUCCACAAUUAUUCAUGGGUCCAUGCCGAACCUUUCUAAUACGUAUCGCAAGGCUAUAACCUGCCACUAUGUCAACAGCAAUUGUCACUUUUUCGACGUCACAGGGAGUAAUCAAGAAAAACUGGCAAAUAUGGUUGAAAAGCAUUUGAGGCGGCAAAAUUACGAUUUUAAAUUUAUGGAUUUGUGGAAAAUGAAAUUGAAAACUGUGAGAGGGUUUAAGAGUAAUUUAUAA